AUGUCCGCAGACACUUCCGACCCCGUCCUCGUCGCCGCAGUCCAGGCUGUCCACGCCAACGACGACCCAAUGACAUGGCUCGUCGCCGGCUACGCUGCGCCAGGAACGCCCAAGAUUGUGCUGAUCGAGGCGGGGUCCGACCCCGCGCUGCCGCCGCUGCGGAGACUGCUCGACUCGGACGCCGUCGCAAAGGCCGACGCGACCUUUGCCUACGCCUCGGUGCAGGGGAAGGGCCUCGUCAUCCUCCGCUUAGGCAAUACUGUCAGUGUCGUCAAGCGCGCUAAGGCGAUCGUCCACUCGCGAACCUUUGCAGCGCUCUUCCCGGACUACCUCGCGCUCUCUACGAUCAACAAGACGGGCCAGUUUACAGAAGAGCUCAUAGCGGAGCAGCUGGGCUUGGACCCGUCAACCGUCUCGACCGCCUCGCCGCCGGGCAGCACUACGGCCGCAUUGCUAGAGGUCCCAGAAGUCACAAAUGGAGACAAGGUCGAGGCAGCCACCCCGGUGCCUGCCGCCGCACCCGUAUCGGAAACCGUCAUUCGUGCUCCGACAGCAGAGCUCAAGCCCGAACAGCCCCCGAAGCCGAUGGAGCGCACGCCCGAACCCACGCAGCAGCCGACGCCAGCAGCGACUCCUCCCCCAACUGCUCCCCCAACAGGUCCCCCGCCAGCACCCCCAAAGUCGGCCGCUCGCGCACGAUCGAUCAAGAGGAAGCCAUCGAAGCCUGCGCCUCCUGCCCCAUCGGAGCAGUCGACUCCUCAGCCCGCUGUGCCGGUCGCUUCUCCGCCAUCAGAACGACCACCCCAGCCUUCACCAGCACCUGCCCCCGCUGAGAUCCCGACGCCUGCACCCCCAGCUCCCACCGCUACAGCUCCUGCCGCCAACCCCCUUCCCACGCCACCAAUCGCUGCUGUCUCUGUUGUCCCGGCACCAGUACCGCAAGAGGCGCCGACCGCUGAGCCGCCCGCUGAGAAGAGCCGCGGGGUACUCCCGCAGAUCCCAACAGCGGUCCGCACGUCUCUCGCCGAGUCAUCAUCGGCUGCGUCCGUCGUUAACCCCGCGACCCCGCCAGCGGCCGCGACUCGGCAUGAGCGCGACUCGAUGUCUGACGAGACGUUCCUGCGCGAAGGGCUCGGUCGCAGCGCCUUAGCCCCUCCUCCUUUGCUGUCUGUGUCAACAAAGGACCUCAGCGACGGGGCGCCUGUCACGCCUGUGACGACCUCUGCCCUGACGGACACGACGUUCGACUCGCCACUACCUUCGUCUCUGGCCGACUCGCCGUACCCGGAGCGCGACUGGUCGAGCGAGCGGCGGCUAUCACGACCACCGUCACGGCCGCUGUCGCCUGACGAGUCACCGAUUCCGGACCGACCAAAGUCGAUGCCCCUUUCGCCGCAGCCGCCUAAGGACGAGUCCCUGCCUGUGCAGGAGACUACGGUUCCUGCUUCGGGCAGCGAGACAUUCGGCCUGGUGGCGCCCCGGGACCGACCGCCAGCACAGACGGAGAUCGAGGAGCCAGACCAGGAGAGGACGUCGCAGAAAACGCCCACCCCGCAACCACACGCGACAGACGCACCACAUGUGCCGUCACCUGCCAAGCUGCCUGAAACAGCUGCCGAGCCGGCCCCGGUGGCUGCUCGACCACUGCCCACAGCGGACGUUCAGCGACCGCAACCUCCUCCGCCUCCUCGACGACUGACCCCUCAGACGGCCGAAGUUCUGCCCGACGGAGCGCUGCCUUCGCGCUCGUCGUCGCGUACCAGCAUUCCUCCGUCUCUGGCUUCCACCGCCCGAGUCAACGGCUCACCGCGGCUGGGUUCUGACGGUCCCAGCAAGCUGAACGGCACCGCCAAGCAGAGCCCGUUCUCCCGGCUGAACGCAACCAACAACAGCUCUCCUCAGCCCGGCAGCUCGCCGAAGCAGGCGUCAACGGCGACUUCGCCUCCGAUGCCCGACGUCCCGCGAACACUGCACCGGAGCGCGUCCAUGAGCUCGGCAGGCUCGAGCCAGGGCGGGCGAUCCGCAGUGUCACCCGUCUCGGUAUUCUCGCCUACGAUGCCGGCCCCACCGCCAGUGCCGAGCCACGAGAGCGCCGAGUUCCUGGCUGAACCCGAGUUACACCCGACCAAGGAUAUCCAGGCUACGGGAGGAACCGGUGUCGGAGGGGUCGCGGGCAUGGCUGGCGUCGGAGCUGCGUUUGCAGCGAGGCAGGCCCUCGCUGCGCACACGCAGGACAACGCUCCAGUCGUCGAGAGGACGCAGCUCGCCCAAGUUCCCGUCCGCCGAUCCUCGCGUCGCGCUCUGAACUCUGCCUUUGUCGCGCAGGCCAACGAGCAGCCGACCUUGGAGUCGACAACAGAACGACCAUCGCUCGAGUCGAACCGACGGCCAUCAGUCGAGAGCACCCGCAGCUCACUCGGCCGAUCUAACUCGCUCGACUCGGCCAGCCGCAACCGCCCCAACGUCACUGCUGGAUGGCGAUCGAGGACGCCGUCGAUCAACUCGCUUGCCAGUGCCGCCGGCUCGUCGGAGCGCAAGCGGCCGCUCGGUUCCCGGCCAAUGCGUUCUGCGUCCAACAGUACCACCAGCACUCCUCCGAUGGUCACUAGCUCCCGCCGCGUGCCGAGCCCCGAACCUGUCCCGUCCGCUGAGUCGACGACACCGAAGCCCGAGGAGAAGCGGCAGACCAACGACGAAGAUGCAAAGGACGACAGCGCCAAGCCGGCCGAACUGCCGGAGUCACUGAGCCACCCAGCGGUCAGGCAGUUGUCAUUGUCCCAGUCCCAAUCGACGGACACGAGCGGCGUCGCGACCCCAGAUUCUGGCAGGAGCAUCGGGCACCGCAAGACUCCUUCGGGCAAUCGCAAGCCAGCGCCACCGAUAGACCAGGCCCUCAUCGAGGCUCUGAAGAAGGAGAGCGUGUCGUCCGACCUGGAGCGCCUGCAGCGCUCGACGCCGACUACGCCGGUUGGACCUCCCGCCGUAUCGCCAUUCAUGCCUAUUGAGAAAAAGGAGCCGCCGACCCGCAUCAUACCGAAGAAGGUCCCUCCACCUCUCCCACUGACUGCGACGAUGCUGAACGUCAUCCCGCCAAAGUCUGCGGCUGGGUCUGACAAGACCGCCGUUCCGAAGGGUCCGCUCAGUCCCGGCCUGCUCAGCCCCACGACGCCCAUCAGUCCCCGCAGCCCGAUCAGCCCCGUCAGCGCCGCUAGCCCGCGACACUCGCUGAGCUCCGACUUCAUGGCGCGCAUGAACAUGCCCGUCGGCAGCCGGGACAGCACCACGAGCCGGCUGUCGCAGCGCAUGUCGAACCGCCUGUCGCAGUUCUCGGCCCGCAUGUCCCGCCGCAUCUCAUCCGACUCUGGACACAACCACCGCCCGUACAUGGAGGACUCGGCGGGCUCGCACGACUUCGAGCAUUCCCAGGCGUCCGUCGUUAACGCCGCCGUCGCCCGGCACUCGACCGCCCGCUCCGUCUCUCUGUCCAACGGACGGCUGACCCCGAUCAAGACGUCCGCGCCCAGCAGCUCGCACACGUCCCAGGCGUCCCUCCCGCUGCCCUCGCCCGUGAUGCUCAACGGCGACUAUCGGUCUGCCCGCGACAUUACUGGGCCCGUCGAGGGUAUGGUCAUCAUCACUGCCGACACGCCAUCAAGAACAACUACGGAAAAGGGCGGGUCGUCCAGGGAAACGUCAUCCACAUCUCAGGACAAGGCUGAGGACAGGACAAAAGGUACGGACAAGACAAAGGACGAGGACAAGAUAAAGGAGGAGGACGCGAAGAUCGCGCCGAUCGAGAAGUCUGAGAAGAAGGAGAACGGCAUCAAGCGUAAGGCGCCCCCUGCCGCGGACGUCGUCGACCUGAACGACUCUCCUCAGAUCCAACAGUCUGCAACCCUCAGCCCGCCCAUGAACACGGAGCACUUUUCGGCUGUCUCGCCGCAAUUCGUCAACGCCCCGCGACAGCUGUCCGCCGGUACGAGCCCGUCGCUCGAGUCUUCGGCGGCCCUGCUGCGCGAGCAGCGAUACCCCGAGACGCCGCAGAUGACGUCGCCUACGAUCACGACGAGCCCGCCGUCGUCGCUUGACCGCCACUCAUCCCUUUCGCAGAAGCUGCGCCUCGCACUCCGCUCCAAGUCGAACGGAGAGCACGGCGCGCAGCGCCCCGACUUCCUCCCCGGCUCGUCUCCGAUCGCCUCGCCACCCUCGCCGACAGUGUCAAACUUUUCCAACUCGCCCAACCCGAACCGCUCGUCCAUACAGGGCUCGCUCGGACGCGCGUUCCGCCUGCGUGCCGGCUCGAACAGUGGCGGUCACCAGCCGAUGAAGGGCACGAGCCCCGGCGGCAUUAGCUCGGACGACUUCAAGCACCUGCACGAGAAGGAGGCACUGCACGGCCUCGGUCUCGGUAUGCAGUUCCCGCCCAACUCGUACCGCACCCCCUCUGGCGGACUCGGCUAUACCCCGCCAGCGAAGAAGGGCCGCACUGUCUCAAACAUUUCGGCUGAGGACGCGCUCGCCAACAUCCGCCUGAAGAACAUGGCCGAGCAGGAGGAGGCGCAGGAGCGGUGGCGCCGUCUCGAGACUGAGCGCGCCCAGAACCGCGGCGGCAACCCCCUCAGCCCUACGACACAGCACUACGACUCGCGCGUGCAGUCGCUCGCGUCCUCGACAGGACUCAGCGACGACGAGGCGCUCAGCCCGGGCCGCAUCUCCGAGUCCUCCGAGCGCACGCGCAGCUUCACGGAGCCGGACGUCGGACGCCCGAUCCUGCCCCGCAGUUCUCUCGCAGAGCGGCCCAAGCCGCACCAGCGCCUCAGCUCGCGCGACCUCGGCACACGGGAGAGCAUGCAGUCGCUCUCGUCGUGCGGCUCGCCCCCGCGCUCGCGCUCGCCCGACGUCCCCCGCUCGCAGACGCGCGACAGCAUCGCGACCGUCUUCUCCUCCGAGUCCGUCCGCUCCCACUCGGACGUGCGCGAGAGCAAGGUCUCGCUCGAGCCGGAUGUGCGCAGUGUCGUGUCCCCGCGCUCGUCGUAUGAGCGGUCUGCCAAGUCGCCCGAACGCGAGCGCGGCGAGCGCGCACGUACUUCGUUCGGACAGCUGAGCGAGCGCGAGCGCGGCAGCCUCUACCGCGCAUCGACGUUCGAACCCCGCCUGAGCCGGGACACGAUGCGCUCGACGCGCUCGAACGGGUCGCGCACGAGCUUUGAGCGGAGUGCGCGCGUCUCGCGGACUUCGUUCGAGCCGCCCUCCCGCAUGUCAAGGGACAACUCGUUCCUCGCCUCGCCCCGCGGCCUCGAGCCGCUCGACGUGAACGAGCAGCCGCUGGACGAGGAGACGGAAUCCGAGCGCGAGGCGAGGCUCGAGGCGGAAGCGGCCGAAGCGACCGAGGAGGCGCGACUUGAGGCGGAACGCGCCGAGCGCGCUGCCGCCAAAAAGGCCGCGGCGGAGAAACGCGAGGCAGAGCGCCUCGCCGCGCAGCAGAGGCAAGAGGCCGAGCGCCAGCGUCAAGAGGCUGAGAAAGCGGCCCGGAGAGCACAGGAGGCAGCAAGGAGGGACGAGCAGCAGGCCGAAGUGCGCCGGCAGCUCGUACGCGGCCACGCAGAGGGGGGCGUCAUGCUCCGCGGCUGGGUAACGGUGCAAGGCGUGGGCACGUGGCGGCGGCGGUACUUCCUCCUCCUCGCGCGAGAAUUACGCCUGUUCAAGGGCGAGGGGGACGACAGUCCCAUCAACACGGUGACGUUGGGAGGGAAGACGGAGAUCGACCACGACGUGUAUGAGGAAUCCCAGGUGAGGGGGGCGUGGAAGAUUAAGGGAGAAAAGGGGGAGGAAUUCUUCAUGUUUGCGGAUAGCGAGACGGAUCGGGACGUGGUGAUGGAGGGAUUCAGGAUCGCUAUUGGGAGGGAGGUUUAG